CUUCCUGUUGUCACGGCAUGGGGUUAGUUAUCUAAGCUCUGAGUGUAGAGGCUAAGACUCUGGGAAGAAAAUCCUUCUUCUUGUGAAUGUGACACACAUGGGCUCCACUUUCCAUAUGCUGAGAUUAUACUUCCUCCUCAGUUUGAUGUGCUUGGUGAGAUCAGACACAGGUGAAACAUGUCCUUCAUUUACCAAACUGAGUUUUCACAGUGCAGUGGUUGGAACGGGACUAAAUGUGAAGUUGAUGCUCUACACAAGGAGAAACCCAACCUGCGCAGAAGCCAUCAACUCCACAGUUUUGGGAAACUUGAAUGUAACUAAGAAAACCACCUUUGUGGUCCAUGGAUUCAGGCCGACAGGCUCUCCUCCAGUAUGGAUAGAGGACUUAGUAGAGGGUUUGCUCUCUGUGGAAGACAUGAAUGUGGUUAUUGUUGAUUGGAAUCGAGGAGCUACUACUGUAAUGUACAACCAUGCUUCUAGUAAGACCAGAAAAGUGGCAACAGUCUUGAAGGAAUUUAUCGAUCUAAUGUUGGCAGAAGGAACUUCUCUGGAUGACAUUUACAUGAUUGGAGUAAGUCUAGGAGCCCACAUAGCUGGGUUUGUGGGAAAGAUGUAUGAUGGCCAGCUGGGGAGAAUUACAGGUCUGGACCCUGCGGGCCCUUUAUUCAACGGGAAACCUCCAGAGGACAGAUUAGAUCCCAGAGACGCACAAUUCGUUGAUGUCAUCCAUUCUGACACAGACGCACUGGGCUACAAGAAACCAUUAGGAAACAUAGACUUCUACCCAAAUGGAGGAUUGGAUCAACCUGGUUGCCCCAAAACAAUAUUUGGAGGAAUGCAGUAUUUUAAGUGUGACCACCAGAGGUCCGUGUAUCUGUACCUUUCUUCCUUGAGAGAGAACUGCACCAUCACCGCGUAUCCCUGUGACUCCUACCGGGAUUAUAGGAACGGCAAGUGCGUCAACUGUGGCAAACCACAGACGGAGCCCUGUCCUGUUCUGGGCUAUUAUGCUGAUAACUGGAAAGACUAUUUAAGGGAGGGGGAUCCUCCUAUGAUUAAAGCAUUCUUUGACACAGCUGAGGAGAAACCCUUCUGCAUAUAUCAUUACUUUGUGGAUAUUAUAACCUGGAAUAAGAACAUAAGAAGAGGAUCCAUUACAAUCAAAUUGAAAGAUAAAGCUGGAAACACGACAGAAUCCAAAAUCAAUCAUGAACCUGCAACAUUUCAGAAAUACCACCAAGUGAGCCUGCUUGCAAGAUUCAAUCAAGAUUUGGAUAAAGUGGCAGCCAUUUCCUUGGUGUUCUCUACAGGAUCUGUAAUUGGCCCAAGGUACAAGCUCAGGAUUCUCCGAAUGAAGUUAAGGUCACUUGGCCAUCCAGAGAGGCCCCAGUUGUGUCGGUAUGAUCUUGUACUGAUGGAAAAUGUUGAAACAGUCUUCCAACCUAUUCUUUGCCCAAAGCUGCAAAUGUAAUUGUUGUCAGGACACCUGAGUACCAGUAACAUCAAGAAUGCUACAACUGCAGGCUUUUUAAAGCUUCACUUCAUCUUUUCCUCAAGGCACAAAAAGUAUGGAAUAACCAGGGUUGUUUUUCUUUUUUUUCUUUUACAGUAAUGUCCUAUGGAUGUCACACUGCAAAAUGUCAAACAACCUUGGAUUAUGAAACAGUUCUGGGAAGGGAUUCUCUAAGUAGGGCAAAUCAGAAAUAGCUAGGUUCCCGACGGCCUAGCCCCGUGUUAGGCUGUGUCCUGGGGCCUCGUUUGUUCCGAACUGUCGAUUCUGCUGCUUGUCACUCGGGCAGUUCUGCCCAUCACAGUGGCCAUCCAAGCAUCUUAAGGGAAGGACUGGCUUGGAGGCCUCACUUUGGACUUCACUCUAUGUUCCCUAUGCCAGAUCCUUCCAGGCUCUGCACAAAGAAGGGAAUGGAAACAGACCUACCUCACAGGGCUCUUGUGUGUGCUUGGGAGGCAAGGCUUUGAAGGAUUCUUUGAAAUCCCCUGGGUGCCACUUCUGUGAGUGGCUUGAUACAUGUGAAUAUGCUUUUAUUUAUUUUGAUACCACUUAUCUAAUGUGCAACAAGAGAGUUUCUCCUUAUCAACACCAGCUUCUCUCUUAAGCUAUUUGCUUUAGAAAGGCAGAAAACCAUACCCCUGGCUUCCUGCCUUAUUUAAAGUGGGUUAGUGCAGGAGGAGGUAGGGACAGACCAAGAGGGCAGCUGCUUGGACUAGACAGUAAGUGGAUGAGGGAAGAAGAGCAGAUGAAACAGAGGGGAAGCCCUGCUCAAAGGGAGAAGGGAUAGGGCAGGAGGCAGGAGAGAGGAAGUGGAACUUGUUUUUCACUUAAGGUGAAGAAGCAUCAUUUUACAUGCAACCCUCAUUUUAAGCAAUACUUAAGAAAUGUUUUGUUUUUCUUUUUUACCAAUGUAAUCUGUAAUUAUUGAAGGAAAUUUAGAAAUGCACAAAUGCAAAAUGAAAAUAUGCUAUCCAUAGUCCCAGGGCUUCCCUGGUGGCUCAGGGGUAAAAAAAGAAUCUGCCUGCCAAUGCAGAUGUGGGUUCAAGCCCUGGGUCAGGAAGAUCCCCUGGAGA